CCUGGAAUAUCAGAGAAUUGGAAACAAUUAUAUUUUGGGAUUAUGCACCUUUUGUGGUGGCAUAUAAGAAAAGAUAAUUAAGUAUGCUCCCAGGAAGUAGCUGCCUCUCUGCCAAUCACAAAGUAUAUUGAAGGAUGUGUCCGAAGGAUCUUAUCAUGUGAAAUCCUUCUGGAUCUCAAUGGACUCUUUUUAGAAAUGCAAAUAAAGAAAAUGAAGGAUAUUGGACAGCAGGUAUAUACUCCGCAAGUGAAUGACGGACAUAAUUCUUUGACCAUGUCACCCAAACAACCUAAUGCUAGUAGAGCAACUCGACCAGAUAGACAAGAAGCUCAGACUCUUUUGUAUCAAGGCUCAGAGGCAGAGGCUGCCAUGAUGACCGUUGCUACAUGUGUAAAGUGCAAAAGUGUGCACAAAAUCCCUCUUCAAGAUUUGAAAAAGGGUACUGGGCAAAGCCAAAAGGAAGACAGAUAUGUUUGCUUCAAAUGCAGCCUUGGUGUGGCUCCUCCCCACUUUCAUUUUGUGAACAGUAAUCCCAGUGCUACUCAUGUAGGAAAUAAAACUGAAACCAUCACAAGUUCCGUGAAUAACAAAUUUAAGGUAAGGAACUUUAAGCCAGGCAAAUACUAUUGUGAUAAAUGUCGAUUUUCCACAAAAGACCCUCUGCAGUACAAAAAGCACACACUUCAACAUGAAGAGAUUAAAUUCAUUUGUUCUCACUGCAGCUACAUUUCCUACACAAAAGGGGAGUUUCAGAGGCACUUGGUGAAACAUACAGGCAUAUUCCCUUAUCAAUGUGAGUAUUGUGACUAUGGUGCUAUUAGAAAUGAUUAUAUCGUCAAACACAGGAAGAGAGUACAUGAGAGGGCGAGCGGAAAACGGCCACCCAGAACCGGGGCCAAGCUGGAGCCGAAAAGAACCAGCACAUCAAAGCAAAACCCGGAGCUCGGAAAAACUUCCCAUCCGAGGACGACCUUUCAAAAUAAGUUGUCUGAUCAACUCUCAAGGUUCUCCCUCCACACAAACAGAGACAAAAUGCACAACAUCAUGUUGUUACCGGAAUCAAAGGAAUACCAAAAAGAUGUAGUGUGUAUUCCCAAUAGAGUGCCCCUUCCGGAGCCAAGUGAAGUCAGUCUGUUUGAGAACAAAAGUGUGGAGGUGGAAGUGUUGUCCCCCUCGCAGGAGCCCGUUCAGCCCGGAAUGCCGCUGACAGUCGUGGCCCCAGCGGAGCUGGUCGUCCCUGCAAACUGUUUAGCCCAGUUGAUAGAUGUGAAGAUUGUCAACGGAACACAGCAGCUUGUUCUGAAGCUGUUUCCUCUGGAAGAAAAUAAUUGCCUUAAAGCUGGUAGGGGUGAUGGAGGUAAUUCCAAGCAUAUGACUAAAGAGAAGGGUCCAAAUGAACAGGAAAAAAUGGUUUCUGUGGAACAAACAAAGUCACUGAUGAUUGAAGGGAAUGUUGGAAAACUUGCAGGUAUUGAUAAUCUUCAAUCCUCAGUUCCAAAACAACUUAAGAAUGUGAAAUGGGUAAGGUCUUAUGAUUUUUUCAUGUCAAAUUCGGGUGUGCACAACUGUGGAGAAUCCCUUCUCAACUCCGAUACGGCUGAGGAUUGGCAGAAAAAAAGGAAUCUCUGUGCACACAGAACUGCUCUUCCUUCUGUGGCCUUAAAAGGCACUUCUCCAUCCCCUGUAGCAAAAAACAGUGUUUUAUGUGGUCUUGGAACUGCAUCAAACCCUUUUCCGUAUAAGGCUGCUGUUUCUUUUACUGAAGAUGGAAGAAAUUUACACAGUAACUCACAGCAUUUAUUUCCUCUUGCUGCAUCGCCUGCAGCCAUUUCCUUCUCUGGAGAAAAGGGUUUAUUGCCCAUCAGUAAAACUGACUUGGGAACUAGAAAUGAGAUCAGUAUUCCUAUAAAAAUGGUUCCCUCUACUAGGAAGCUGAAAGACAACCAGACAGAGGAACACAAAGCAGUUUCAAAUAUAGGCCAGAUUUCCUCUCAACAUGCAAGUGAGUAUCUACACAUAAACAUAACGGGAGAAGACAGAAUCAGGUCUCAGCAGCCUGGGGAUAAACCUUUGGAAUUAAAGAAUUCUGAAAGGACUAAUAACCCUUUCGAUGGCCCAGUCAUCUCUUCAGUGUUUUCUCUGAGCUCUGGAUCUGAAAAUGUCCCUGAGGGCGUUAAGUGGAAUAGUUCAACGUCGAAAAUAAAGUCAAUUGAACUCUUGCGCAGAAAGAUAGCUCAGUUAAUUGAAUCCUGUGGCAAGCCUUCAUCUUUGGCUACAAAUAGUACACAUCGUCGUUCUGCAGGGCAGCCAUCAAAGGUAGCUUCGAAAGCUACCCCUGAAGAUAUUCAGCAAAUUAAUGUGUCAUUUCCUGGCACUGACUGUUCCACGGGCACUCUCCAAAAACCUCAGGAUGACAGUGGUGUUAAUAGACAGAUUACUCGUCAGCAAAUAUAUCCACCGUUUGUAGAAGGCAGCAGUGGGAAAACUGAAAGCAGAGUAGCUGGGAAGGCUCAUGUCGCUACUCCAGUGUUGAUCCCCAAAGGGGCUGUGUUGAGGGUUCUUAAUUCCUCUGAGGAUGCCCACAUUAUAGAGGCUACAUGUGAAGCACCUGUCAGCAUUCCUUGCCAUGAGACACAGUUGUUAAAACCUCUUCCUUUCUGCCCAGUGAAACAGACAGACUCAGACUUACAGUCUUUGACAAGUGAAAGUGGGCCAAUUGACAUGUCCCAAAGUCUUGACACAUCUCUUCGGCCUAAACCAAGAAAAGAGAGUGCUACUUGUAGCACCGCCCCUAAAAAACCUGGCCCCCUGCACGGACAGCAAGGAAGCAGUGAAUUGAGUAAGCAAGGGAAACUGCUUUCCAGAAGUGUUCCUAUAAGUAGAAAUAAAACCAAACAAGUAAACUCGUCCAAGAAGAAAAGCAAAGUUCAGGCCGAUCCCAGCCGCUGUCUCAAGGAUCCUUCCAUUUUUCAGGUUGCAAGACAACUUCGACUGAUAGCAGCUAAACCAGACCAGUUGAUUAAAUGUCCCCGCCGGAACCAGCCUGUCAUUGUGUUAAACCACCCUGACGUUGACUCACCGGAAGUGACCAAUGUGAUGAAGGUAAUAAACAAGUACAAGGGCAACGUCCUCAAAGUCGUCUUGUCCGAGAGGACUCGGUGUCAGUUAGGCAUCCGACGGCAUCACGUUCGGCUGACCUACCAGAACGCGGAGGAAGCCAGUCAGAUAAAAAGGCAGAUGAUGUUGAAAAUGAAACUUAAAAAAGUUCACAGAAACAACUACCAGGUGGUGGAUUCCUUGCCUGAUGAUUCAGCACAAUGUAUAUUUAAGUGCUGGUUUUGUGGGCGGCUGUAUGAAGACCAGGAAGAGUGGAUGAGUCACGGCCAACGACAUUUGAUAGAAGCAACUAGAGAUUGGGAUGUUCUUUCUUCCAAGGGCAAAUAAGUGGAAAAUUGGUCUUCGAAGCAAAUUGUUUUUCUUACUUUUAGUUUAUCCUGGUUUGGAUUUUUUCUUCCUCCGUGACUCAAUAGGAGAAGUACAGAUUGUAGGAAUGGGAGGAUCAUUAAUUCUUAAGAUCCCUUGUAGGAAUGUUGAGAGCCAGGAG